AUGCCCCCAAACCAUGUCGUGGCACCGAAUGAGAAUGCAGUGCCUGCCCCUGAAUCAUGUCGUUCGCCAGAUCUCAACCCAGCCUCGUCAAGCAUGCCCCCGAACUGUGUCAUGGCACUGAACGAGAACGCAGUGGUAAGUCAGCCAAAGCAAUCACGAAGCCUCGUCAAGCCUGCCCCUGAAUCGUGUUGUUCACCCAAUCUCAACCCAGCCUCAUCAAGCAUGCCCCCGAACCGUGUUGUGGCACCGAACAAGAACGCAGUGGUGCACCUUGUUCUGUUGACGAGAAAUGGUCCGAAACAUGGUACUGAACUGGUGAAGAAAUAUUCUCACAUUUACACGCCAAAUUCAUCGACUUUUGAAGAGAUAUAUGAUGCUAGCGAACGAUACGACAUCAAUCACGAUGACAUGGUCAACCAAAAGUACCAGAAGGAGUUGCAACCGGGCAACAUCGUUAUUGUCACCUUCAACAAUUCCGCAAGACUUGAGGGCCGAAGGAUAGUGGGUAUUAGUUUUGUCUGUGAUGGAGAAGAUCACAAGUUGGGGUGCUCCGAAGCCUGGCUCUUCAUCCAAGAAGAUCUCAAUGCCGCUUUGCCCAGGUCUCGCCCAUCUCACGAUGACACCGUCACUGUGGACCUACAGCUUGCUUGGUUCCAGACUGUAUGCUGA